CCACUGCCCAAUUUCACUUUGAGGAUGCUCCAAUUCGAGUGCACGAGGGAGUGAAACAACAUUUGGUUUUUCUAUUGGUUUUCGUUCGUUUCAACUCCAGCAGUACGAGGUUUUCGAGCUUCUUUUGUGACAGAACCGCGAAUCGGUAAUUUACUUUCAUGCUUGCUUGUUGUGAUUGAUUCUUCUGAUUUAUGUCUUAGAUACUUCAACUUCUUAUGUUUUUUUAUCAAUGAUGGGCACCUAUUGCUAUACCAAACUGUGCAACUUUUACUACCCGAAAUACUCAAUAACCAAUGAUGCUACCAAAAAACCAGUUUAUUUUGGUUUCGGCGAACACCGUUUUGAUUCAGUACUAGUCAGUGUUGGUAUUGAAGAAUUUGUUAAAGAAGUGAAAGAGGAAAAUGAAAGAGGGUUUAGGUGGAUUGAGGUUGGCAAUGAUAUCACAAAAGAACAAAAGCAGGCCAUAUCUGAACUUCCUUUCAGGAUGGCGAAUCGAUGCAAAGCCUUGAUGAGACAGAUUAUAUGUUUUUCUGCUGAAAAGGGGAGCAUAUAUGAUCUUUUGGAAUCAUGGGUGAGGAUAAUGAAGCCUACUAGAGCAGACUGGCUUUCAGUUUUGAAAGAGUUGAGAACAACGGGUCAUCCUGUUUACCUUGAGGUGGCAAAACAUGCCCUUCUAGAAGAAUCCUUUGAAGCCAGUAUUCGUGACUACACAAAGAUAAUCCAUUAUUAUGGCAAGCACAAUCUUCUGGAAGAUGCUGAAAAUUUUCUCACACUCAUGAAGCAAAGGGGCUUCUUCUGUGAUCAAGUAAUUCUGACUACCAUGGUUCACAUGUACAGCAAGGCUGGCCAUCAUGACAGGGCCAAGGAGUACUUUGAAGAGAUCAAAUUGCUCGGCGAGCCUUUGGAUAAAAGAUCAUAUGGCUCAAUGAUCAUGGCCUACAUCAGAGCUGGAAUGCCUGAAGAAGGAGAGAAUUUACUUCAUGAAAUGGAGGCACGAGAAAUAUGCGCAGGAAGCGAGGUUUACAAAGCACUGCUUAGAGCCUUCUCUAUGAUUGGUAAUGCUGAAGGUGCACAGAGGGUGUUUGAUGCAAUUCAGCUGACUGGUAUCACCCCAGAUGAUAAGAUGUGUAGUUUGGUUGUUAAUGCUUAUGCUAUGGCUGGGCAGAGUCAGGAGGCUCUCACUGCAUUUGAAAAUAUGAGAAGAGUAGGUAUCAAGCCUACUGAUAAAUGCAUUGCUUCUGUAUUGGUUGCUUAUGAGAAUGAGGGCAAGAUAAAUUCAGCAUUGGAAUUUCUAAUAGAUUUGGAGAGAGAUGGCAUUAUGGUUGGGGAAGAAGCUUCUGGAGUACUAGCGAAGUGGUUCCGAAAGCUAGGGGUGGUGGAAGAGGUGGAGCUUGUUUUAAGAGACUUUGCCACUAGUCACCACCAGAUAAGCUAGUGUAGAAACUAAGGUCUGUUUUGAUAAAUUUCUUUGGAAACACUUUUAGAAAGAAAAAUUAGGAAGGAAAAAGAAAAUAAGUUUUUUCAUUAAAUAAAAUUAAUUUAUGCAUGAGUUAAUUUGUAGAAGUUCUUUCAUAUAAUUUCUCCAAAAAAAUUACAAAUUAACUUGUAUAUAAGUUAGUUUUAGUAUUUCAUUUUUCCUUCUUAUUUUUUUCUCUUGAAGCUUUGUGAGAGGAAUGCCUCUAAGGAAGCACACACCUAUUAUCUAUGCAAUGUAUUAUUUUAUAGCCAUUUUGAUAUAUGCAAUGCAAUGAAGACUUGAACUGUUCUGAAAA